AUGAGUCAAACAUCUCUGAAACAGAAAAAGAAGAAUGAGACUGGAUCGAGGUACUCCAAAGACAGCUUAGAAGCAGACAAAUCUAGAAAGGAUUCUGAGAAAUCAGGAGCUCGUCUAAGCACUCAGAUGAGGCGUGCAGUCAUUCCGAAUCACUCGCUGAGAUGUUGCCCCAUGCGGGGUCACUCGUCGUGUAGACGCUGCCUCUGUGCAGAUGAGGGAAAAGUACUUCUUGGCCCCUGCCGCACAAUACGUAUUUAUAUUCACAUGUGCCUGUUGUGGGAGCAGGGCCAGCAGAUCACCAUGAUCAGGGUGAGCAGAGAUCCAACUAUUGAUUUUGGAGGGGAGUCUCAGGCCGUCUGGGGAUCACAAGAAUUAACGCUGCCGAAGACAGACUCUCGAGGUUACCUAGUGCGAAAUCAGUGGUCUCGAACCUCACAGAGCCCAUCCACCAGAGCUCCAUCAGCAGAUGAACCCAGAAGCAAGAACAACAGUCUUAAGCCUCCCAAUAGCUCCACGACCUCCCGGACUUCAUCCACCUCCCCUAGCCAUCAAGAGUCACCGAAGCGGCUGUCAGCGCAGCCCUCGCCACCAACCAUGCCGCUGGACUCACGUCCUUCCACGCCCCCAGAGGUCCAGCUCCCGGCUGCGUCCAGGCACAACACCAAGAUAUAUGAGCAUGCAGACGCCUGGUCUCUCGGCAUCGGGCGGGAAACCCGAGAGUCUCGGGACACGCAUACACACCAACGGGAAUAUCCGCGCACGCCCCCGACGGAAUGGAAGUCCCAUACCCAGCGCAAGAUGCUCUACCCCUCUCACCUAGACCAGGACUGUUCGUCCAACAUAGCCAGGAAGCGAGAGGAAGAGGAGGACGAGGAAGAGGCCUACUGGGCGUCCAUGAGAACGCUGUAUGAGAAGACACCAGGCUGCUCGCGCCCCCGACCGCCCAAACCCAAGCAUGCCAUCACUAUCGCUGUGUCGUCCCAGGCGCUCUUCAACAUGGUGGAUGGCAGGAAAAUCUAUGAGGAAGAGGGUCUGGAAAAGUACAUGGAAUAUCAGCUUUGCAACGAGAAUGUCGUCCUGACCCCAGGGCCUGCAUUCCGCUUUGUCAAGGCGCUGCAGCAUGUCAAUGCUAGACUCCGUGAGCUGUAUCCUGACGAACAGGACUUAUUUGAUAUUGUACUGAUGACUAAUAACCAUGCCCAAGUGGGAGUGCGGCUUAUAAACAGCGUCAAUCACUAUGGCUUACUAAUUGACCGCUUCUGUCUCACUGGUGGAAAAAGCCCCGUUGGCUACUUGAAGGCAUAUCUUACCAACUUGUAUAUUUCUGCGGAUUGUGACAAAGUACAAGAAGCAAUACAAGAAGGGAUCGCCUCUGCAACAAUGUUUGAUGGAGCCAAAGAUAUGGCUUACUGUGACACACAGCUCCGUGUGGCCUUUGAUGGGGAUGCUUGCCUCUUCUCGGACGAGACUGACCAUGUUACCAAGGAGCAUGUGUUUCAACAUGAAACACUAUUCGAGAAUAAGCCUCUUGCUCAGGGUCCCUUGAAAGGCUUUCUGGAAGAUUUAGGCAGACUGCAGAAGAAGUUUUAUGCCAAAGACGAACGGUUGCGAUGCCCAAUCAGGACCUACCUGGUUACAGCCAGGAGUGCAGCCAGUUCAGGCGCCCGUGUGCUGAAAACCCUUCGUCGCUGGGGUCUAGAGAUAGACGAAGCUCUUUUCCUUGCUGGAGCUGCCAAAGGUCCCAUCUUGGUGAAGAUAAGGCCCCACAUCUUCUUUGAUGACCACAUGUUCCAAAUUGAAGGGGCACAGAAAGUUGGCACCAUCACAUCUCAUGUACCUUAUGGAAUUAAUCAAAAAGUGAACAAUUAGGGAUGGGGAGGAAAAAUAAAGCAGUGAGUCUGG